AUGAGACUCGACUACGGCGUCCUCGCCCUGGGCGCGACAUUUCUGCCGGGUGCGGUGGCAUGGGGAAGCCUCGGCCACAUCACAGUAGCCUACAUCGCCAGUCACUUCGUCAAGGACACCACGAUGACCUACUUCCAGGAGCUGCUGCGCAACGACACGGAGCACUACCUGGCGGGCGUGGCGACGUGGGCCGACAGCAUCCGCUACACGCGCUGGGGCCGGUUUAGCAAGGACUUCCACUUCAUCGACGCCAAGGACGCGCCGCCAAGCUACUGCGGUGUCGACUUCGACCGCGACUGCAAGGCCGACGGCUGCGUCGUCAGCGCCAUGGCCAACUACACCGCCCAGCUGCUCGACGCCGGCCUGUGGCCCUGGCGCCGCAACCAGGCCGCCAAGUUCGUCGUGCACUUCGUGGGCGAUAUCCACCAGCCGCUGCACGCUGAGAACGUCGCCCAGGGCGGGAAUGCAAUUCACGUGAAGUGGGACUCGAGUGAGCUGAAUCUGCACCACGUGUGGGAUUCGAGCAUCGCCGAGAAAAUGCUAGGAGGCAACCGCAGGAAGCCCUACGACGCCGCCUUCAAAUGGGCCGCCAACCUCACCGAGGCGAUCAAGUCCGGCAAGUACCAGGCAUCCAGCAAAUCUUGGGCCGAGGGCAUGAUCCUCGAUAACCCCAUCGCGACAUCGAUGGUUUGGGCCAACGAGUCCAACUCCUACAUCUGCACCCACGUGCUUCCAGAAGGACCGGAGGCCAUCGUGGGCGAGGAGCUUGGGGGCGAGUACUUUGAGAAGGCUGCUCCUGUCAUCGAACUCCAGGUCGCUAAAGCUGGCUAUCGGCUUGCGGCGUGGCUUGAUCUGAUUGCCGACAGAUUGUCAGGGACGACUUUACCUGUUGGUGAGCUGUAA